AUGAAACUGAAACAAAUCCAUUGGUCUAAAGUUCCUCAAACAGAGGUGUCGCACUCUUUAUGGAAGGGCGCCCAUGACGUCACUUCCCGUCUGGACCUUGCGAUGUUGGAAGACAUGUUUGCGCUUCAAGAGAAAGACUAUGCCAACAUUCAGUCCCAGGCCACGCUCCUGAGGUCCAGGAAACAGAUUCUACUGGAUCCCAAGCGAGCACAGAAUCUCAGCAUCAUGUUCAGCGGCCCGAAGCCCGACGUCGUGGAGAAACUGAUAGAGGCACUCAACUCCAUCUCGGAAAUGGAAGCAUUUCCAACAGAGAAACUCAGCACACUGAGAAGGUACCAACCGACAGCAGACGACAUCGAGAUGUACAGGAUGUACCGUAGCACCCGCCAGGACCAGCACCCCGUGGACCGGUUCAUGAUUGACCUGUGUGACGUCCCAGCCCUGGACAUCCGGCUGGACCUGGUCAUCACCAUCCUGGACUUCCCGAGUCAGUUCGAGGAGCUGUCCGAGGAGGUGAGCCUGCUGGGGUUGGCGUGUGAGGAACUGACCACCAACACCGCUCUGACCGCCGUCCUUGAGUACGUCCUGGCUAUCGGCAACUACAUGAACGCCAAAUGGUCAUCAGGAAUUGGUGCACACGGCUUCCAGAUAACCUCAAUCGAGAAGGUGCUGGACAUCAAGGGACGCAACCCUCAUUACACCUUACUCAACUUCCUAGUGGAGCAGAUCAGACUGACCAACCCGCCACUCUUAGACUGGACUUCCGAUAUGAAACACGUGCACAAGUGCGCAGAUCUGUCAAUUAAGGCCGUAAGCGCAGAAGUUGAAGUACUGAAGAACGGCAUCCACAAGAUCAAGCGGAUCCUGAAGGCGUUACGAAACACACUUCCCUCCCAAACAAGCACGAGAAGAAAUAUAUGUCGGAUGUUCAGAAUUUCAUCACGGAGUACGAGAGAAAGCUUCAAAAGAUGGACUCCAUUUGUGCAAACCUCGGGAAGAAAUUUCGCUCUAUCUUGGCAUAUUAUGGUGAAGCCUCCAACCGGACUUCCGACGUCCUGUUUUCCAGCGUGUCCAUGUUUAUGGACAAAUUCCAGACGGCCAGAGACAAGAUUAAGUCUUAGCUCUCAUCAAUCACCGCCGUGAGUCAGACACUUGUGAAAUGUGACAAAUCAUGCAAGUAACAUCUUCCCUACAGAAAGUUCACUUAUCAGCGUUUGCAAGUAAACUGUCCGAGAACGUCGCCAUGCGUUCCCGACGCCCACGAGCGACUGUGCGACAAUCGGCGGAGAUUGUGUUACGGAACAAAGAGUAUUCCCAAUGAGAACAACGUCAUCACGUGUUGUUGCAUUAUUGACACGUGACUGAACAAAGGGAUGAUUCCCGGACGUAUAGUGGCGACGAAGAUUUAUUGUUCAUCAAAGUUGUGCCAUGAGUACAGUGUACGGUGAACGGAACGAGACGACUGCCCAGACAGAAUCAAACAGCUUACCGUGAAUCAUUGAAGCGUUUGUCUGGUUGGUUGUUGUUUAACGCCGCACUCAGAAGUAUUGCAGCUAUAUGGCGGCGGGCUGUGAAUAAUCAACUCUGGACCAGACAAUCCAGUGAUCAACAACAUGAGCAUCGAUCUACACAAU